UUCUUCUCUGCCUCCCUUUCCUAUUAAGAUUUAAGCCUCUCUCUCUUUGGCCCCCAAAACUUUCCCAUAAAGUUCACUCCUCCAUUUGGCCCCCCUCCCAACCCUUUUCCUAUAUACUUCAUUUACUUCAAUUCCCUUGUACAUGCAUAUAUAUAUAUAUAUACACGCAUAGCCUUCAAAUCCCAAAAACAUAUAUAGAACCCAAAUCAAAAUCCGAGGAUAAAGAGAGGGAAAGAAACGAAAUAGGGAGAUAGAGAAAUGGGUUUCUCAAAGGAAGAAAGAUCAAAAAGGGUUUUGAGAGGUGUGAAGACCAUGUUCUUCUUGAUCACCAUGCUUAUUUCUUUGCUGCUUUUCUCAGCUCCUGUUCUUUUGGUUAUAGCGGAUACGCUUCUUCCUUCUGCGCUCCUCUCUGCUUCUCUUUCUCCUCUUCCUCUUUCAUUACAAACUCUCUCUUCUCAUCUGCAGAACUACGACUUUCGGUACUCCUUGAUCGAUAUACCUCUCAUAUCCAUUAUAAGAUCAGCCAUCAUAAUCUGUGUCUAUAGAUUGUGUGAUGGGCCAAGGCUUUCACGAGGGCCGUAUUUGGGAAUCACGACGAUGUGUUCGGUGUUAUCUCUAAUGUUUGUUUCGAUGAAAGCCGCGUAUGUUUUUGGCGUUUCGGGCAGCGAUCGAGGAGGGUAUGUCAGGGCACCGGAAGUAGCGUUGUUCAUAUGCUCUCUGGCUCUGGCUGUAGGGCAUAUCGCCGUGGCCUAUAGAACAAGUUGCAGGGCGAGACGUAAGCUUCUGGUUUACAAAAUUGACAUUGAAGCUGUUUCAGCUUUCAAGAAUGGGAUUUCAAGGUAUCAGAAUAUCUUACAAGAAAGAAAGGGCGAAGCGAACAUAACAACGAAGGAAAUUUCAUUAUAAUAUAUCCAUCCCAUGUUUAUUUGGCUAACCCAAUCCUUUGUAGCCGUGAGAUUUUUCAGCCUUCAAUAUGCAUCUCUUUUUGUACAGAUUCAUUCGAGGAAAACCAGGCUCUUCUGGAGACCCAAGAAUAGAAACUAACUCUAGAUUAAAGCUAGCUAGGCAUUAGUACAACGAUUGGAAAAGUUUUCGAGUCACUAUACAGUACAGAGGCUGUGAUUUCUGCGUUUGUCUUUUAACUUAUGUUGCCUCCUGAUCUCUUCUAGCUAGAAAUGUAUACUCUGUGAACCACACAAUUGAAGUAGUGGGGUGCUUGAUUAUUGAUUACAAAUGGCUGACGUCUCAACUGCAUCAAAAUCGGCAGUACAGUUCCGAAUUAUUGAAAUGUGAACCUUAAAAAUGAGUCGCUCUUAAAAGUAAAAAAGAGGGUGCUCUGUGUUAUUGGAUCGAAGUUUCUUGUAAAAUGAGAAGCUUAUUUAGUCCCCUGCUCCAUUUUCCAAAUGCUGGGCAUUCAAAAGAGCACUGGUCUCUGCUUGAAAUGCAAACAAAGGCUUGGGUUGAAAGUGAGGCCGGGCAAGUUUUACUACCUCCACCAUCAAAGAAUUCGACCAUCCACAGCCCCAUCAUUGCUCAUCCUCUGUUGGCAUGCCUCUAUCUGGAUAUUCUUCUCAAGCCACAAUCUCGGGCGACAAUUCUAGCCCGGGAUCCUCAUUACAUGAGAAUGUGAGAGCAAUCCACUUCUUACUCUGCCAUCGUUCCAUAUUAACUGCCGAGUGUUGGGUAAUGAUUAGAUGUUCACAGAUCAGUAUCAUAAAGAAAUGUGUAUACAGCGUGCGAGUAAGCGUCUUUGGCUUUCAUGCCACAGUACAAGCAUAGUAGUUAAUACCAGGAUAAAUUUUGGAACUCGUUUAAGCUUUUGUGGUAUGCAAAAUUUAUAUGAUUCGUAACUUCUCCAA